UCGACCCGGUGGGGGGAACCUCGAGGAGAAGAAGCGAAGUAGCCGUCGUCCAUCCCAUUUCCAGAAACUUUCUUGGGAAGCGUGAGCCGUAAAACAUUUUCCGGCCGGUCUUUUGUUUUCGGCGAUAAUUUGUGUCGGCCGCGGGGGGUUCGGUCCGUCGUCCGGCGGGGAGGUACGUCUCUUCGUUCUUCAAGUUUUCGCCCGUACUCUUCGCGGUCUUCGUAUUAGGGUUAGAACUUAGGGCAAAGCUUUCUGGCCCGGGCUUUCCAUGGAGGGUUUGAGAGAGGGGGCUAGCGGGGAUGGUGAUCUGGCUGGAAUAUGGUGUUUGUGACCGGAAGCGUUGAAGAAGGCGCUUGGUGGGCCGAAAUUUCAAGUUUGCGGGCUUUGGAAGUUUAAAACCGGGUCGAGAAGGUUUCUAAGGGAAGUGAUUUGGGAGGAAGAAGGAAAACUAGAAUUGUUUGUCUGGGGGGAGAUUUCAUGUGGAAAUUUUGUUGAGUAACGGCUUGGAACCGUAUAUGUAUUUCGUCUUUUCUUUGGGUCUUGGAACCGUUGGUUUAGCAGGAAGAAGAUAGCUGCGAACAUUUAUUGUGUACACUCGAAUUAUGCGCAGUCAGAUAGUUUCUGUUUGAGGAGAUUCGUGCAUGCCUUUGUUCAGUAGUACUUGUCCUUUAUUCGGACUAUUUGGGUAUAAAGAACAAGUCUUGGCUGGCUCUUUUCAUGCGCUUGUGGCUGCAAAAACCGAUUUUCGUUCAUUGGGAUUGGGUAAGCACAAAUUUCGGAAUCGAAGAUAGACUUGGGAGGAUAUUGAAACAUGAAAAAUGAGUAGCACGGUGGUGGGAGUCUUUUGGUGAAGCAUUCUAAUCCUUCGCGUGGGGGUUGGAAUACCAAGAUUUUGGAGGAAAGCACUUGCAUUCAGGAAUGCAUUUCUUGAAAAAAGGGUAAAUAUGGAAGAGGAUCCAGUCGACAAAAGAGUUGGUAUGCCAGAUCCAGUGAAGGAUUCCUUCUCUAAGUCAGUAAUUGAAACAGUAAAUGGCUCCCAUAAGUUCACCAUAACAGGGUAUUCACUAGCGAAGGGCAUGGGUAUUGGAAAGUAUCUAACUAGUGAUACGUUUACUGUUGGAGGGUAUGAUUGGGCAGUAUACUUCUAUCCUGAUGGGAAGAACACUGAAGAUGGUGCCCAAUAUGUGUCUGUCUUCAUCGCUUUGGCAAGCGAGGGCACCGAUGUGAGGGCACUCUUCGAAUUGACAUUGUUUGACCAGAGUGGAAAAGAGAAACACAAGGUCCAUAGUCACUUUGAUAGAGCUCUUGAGAGUGGCCCAUACACGCUGAAGUACAGAGGUAGCAUGUGGGGUUACAAACGCUUUUUCAGGAGGACACUUCUAGAAACAUCCGAUUACAUCAAGGAUGAUAGCCUCACCAUGCACUGUACUGUUGGUGUUGUUAUGACUCGAACUGAGGGGCCAAAACUGUAUGAGAUUCCGUUACCACCCAGCAGUAUGGGUCAAUCUCUAAAGGAGUUUCUGGACUCAGGGCUUGGUUAUGACAUAACGUUUGAGGUUGGCGGGGAGACUUACAGGGCUCAUAAAUUAAUCCUUGCUGCUCGGUCCCCAGUUUUUAGAGCUCAGUUUUAUGGACUUAUUGGAGAUCCAAAAAUGGAUAAAGUUGUAGUGGAGGAUAUGGAACCACCCGUUUUUAAGGCAAUGCUAAACUUCUUGUACUCCGAUGAACUUCUUGAUGCAUGCGAACUAGCAGGAUCUUCAGGCUCUGCUACUAAUAUGGUGCAGCAUCUGUUGGAAGCAGCUGACCGCUAUGGCCUGGAUAGACUUAAACUGUUGUGUGAAUCAAAAUUAUGUUCAGACAUAAGUGUGGACACUGUGGCAACAACUCUGGCCCUUGCAGAGCGACACCAUUGUGUAGAGCUAAAGUCCGUUUGCUUGAAAUUUGCUGCAAACAGGGCAAACUUGGGAGCUGUUAUGCAGUCAGGAGGUUUCCGUUACCUCGUUGAGACCUGUCCGCUGUUGUUGUCUGAUCUCUUGUGGACAGUGGCAGCCGCCGGUGAUGAAUCCAACUCGUCAGGCAGGAAGAGAAGUGGCAGCAGCAACCUGGCUUGGCUGAACUUAGCAGAUGUCGAUUCUACUGGGAGGCGAACAAGGCGGAGGAAGUGAUGGCGCUUGAUCUUUGCAGUUGCUCAGAGCCUUGAGCCCCGUCUUGUUGGCUGAAAUGCAAGCUAAGGUGACUUGAAUAUGAAACUCCCAUCGAAGCCCUGUCGAAUGGUUUGUCCUCUUGUAAGAACUAAUUGGAUUGGGUAUGCAAUUUGGUUGUAGGCAAUUUCUCAGUUGA